GGACCGGCCAGGAGCAGGUGGCGACUAUGCCUCGGAUGGGCGGUCGGGGCCCGGAGCCGGGCUCCUGCCAGCGCUGGCUGCACAGGAACAGGUCCUGUGUGGGCUUCUGCCUGCUGGCGCUCGCAUACCUGCUGUACCUGAGCUGCGGGGCCCUGCUCUUCUCCUCGCUCGAGUUGCCCUACGAGGACAGCCUGCGCCGGGAACUCAGGCAGCUCAAGAGCCAGUUCGUGCAGGACAAUCCGUGCCUGGCCCCGGACACACUGGAGCGUUUCCUCGCCCGCGUCCUGGAGGCCAACAACUACGGUGUGUCUGUACUGAACAACAGCAGCGGCAAGUGGAACUGGGACUUCACCUCGUCCUUGUUCUUCGCCGCCACCGUCCUCACCACCACCGGUUACGGCCACACGGUUCCCCUCUCUGACGGCGGCAAGGCCUUCUGCAUAAUCUACUCGGUGAUUGGCAUCCCCUUCACGCUGCUCUUCUUCACCUCGGUGGUGCAGCGGGUGAUGGCGCUGGUGACCAGGCGGCCCGUCCACUACAUCCACACCCGCUGGGGCUACUGCAAGCAGAGCGUGGCCCUGGUCCACGCCGUGCUACUGGGGCUGCUCCUCGUCCUCUGCUUCUUCAUCAUCCCCGCUGCCAUCUUCACCCAGCUGGAGAGGGACUGGUCCUUCCUGGAGUCCAUCUACUUUUGCUUCAUCUCGCUCAGCACCAUCGGCCUGGGAGACUACGUCCCGGGGGAAGUUCAGCACCAGAGGCUGCGCAAGCUGUACAAGUUGGCAAUAACCAUCUACCUCAUGAUUGGUCUCACUGCUGUACUCGUUGUCCUGGAGACCUUCUGUGAGCUCAACAAGCUGAAGGAGCUGAGGAGGAUCUUCUACCUGAAGAAGGACAAGCCGGAGGAUGAAAUCAAGAUCUUGGACCACGACCAGCUCUCGUUCCCGUCCGUGGUGGACUCCGUGCCCUUUGUCCGGGAGCAGCACAAACUCAGCGAGCCCUUCGUCACAGGGCCGAAGGCCCACUCCUUCACAGAGGACCCCAGUAACCGGUGACUUGUUCCCCCACCCACCCCUCAGCCCCUCGCCACAGAGCACACUCGCAUGUAAUUAGCAUAGGGUCUAACACUAUCUGCCGGCCCAGAGGCCAAAUCAUAUCAUGUCAAGAAAUUUAAAAAUUAAGCCUGUAAAUAACUAGGGGAAAGGACUGUGCAUGUUCAGGUCAUGGAGGACUCCGGGGGGGGGGGGGGGGGGUAUGUCCAAGAGUCAAGAAGCAUCAAGAGUGUUUUACCGUUAUAUGUCCCAGAAAAACAAUGACAUUCUUAAGCAGCAGCACACAGUGGCGUAGCGUGGGGGGGGCAGUGGGGCGGUUGCCCCGGGCGCUAAAUUUUUAGGGGCGCAAAAAAAUUGUUGAAUAAAUUUUUAAAAUAAAAUUAAGAGGCCCGGGGAGCCGUUGGAGCGAGGAGGGGUUACCUGGAGCUGCGAGUAUAAAAACAGCGCGGGCCAGGCAGCCGCUGCCGCCGCCCCAGCUCCGAGUUCUAGUCGCCACUGCCGCUGUCCCAGCCACCGCUGCCUCUGCCCCCCCGCCCCCGCCCGCUAAUGAGGAGGCGCAAAACUUUAAACUGUCCCGGGCGCUCAAAACCCACCCUACGCCACUGGCAGCACAACAGAAUGCGACGGGUUCAUCACCGACAAUAGCCCAGAGUGGAGCCCUACCCUCUCUUGUACAUUUCACAGAAAGAGCCCCUUCCAGCUUCUCCCCGACACCUUUGAUUUUAAUGUAGAAACAAGGACCUACUUGGUGUUGGUGUACACAAAACCACACAAAGUGCUGGGAGUAACUUGGUGGGUCAGGCAGCAUCUCUGGAGAACAUCAGAAGGUGAUGUUUUGGGUUAGGACCUUUCUUCACGCUAGUCUGGAGAAGGGUCACAACCUGAAACGCCAUCUACCACAUUGCCCACAGAUGCUGCCUGACCUGCUGAGUUACUCUAAUACUUUGUGUCCCUUUGAUUUUAAUGUUCAGGCAGAUGAACUGGCACAGGAAAUUCUCUCUCAACUACAGGGAAGUAGUUUUACCUAUUUGUGAAAAUAAUUCUGAUUACAUUGCUCUCCCAUUUUUGGUGGUGUGUGGUGCUGAGCUGCUCCUGUAGUGAAGACCAACUCUUAUAUCUGUAGUCUCCACCCUGCUCAAUGCCCAGCACAUGGUGCACCCUGCCUUUGCAAUCAAGCCACCACCCUCCAGGGCAGCCUCUGACUCUGGUAUCUGAUGAUGGCCUGACCUGCAACAUGCAACUGGCCCCACUUUCACAGCUAUUCAGGUGCAGAGCCAUCCUUGAUCUGACCCUCGCAUCCUAGCUCCCGUUUCAUUUUUCUGAUUUCCUACCGUUGCACGGAGCUUCUCCUUUGAGUUCCAAAAAUAAUCCCAAGCCACAACUACGGGAGUCGGGGAUUAUGGGGUGAAGGUAGGAGAAUGGGCUUGAGAGGGAAAGAUAGAUCAGCCAUGAUUGAAUGGCGGACUAGACUUGAUGGACCAAAUGGCCUAAUUCAGCUCCUGAAACCUAUGAACGUGAAACAUCCUUUUUCUCCAGAGAUGCUGCAUGCCCCGCUGAGUAGCUCUAGCACUUUGUGUAUCUUUGGUAUAAACCAGCACCUGCAGUUCUUGGUUUCUCCCUAUAAUGUUUUGAUGGUCUGGACAUUUUGCCGCUUCUAAACCCGAUGGGAACAAGGGAACACGAGUGGACAAUUCUACGGAAAUUCGUCAGUAAAGGCUUUACUCCAUGGUCACUCCGUUCUGACUGCAGCACUGUGAGCUCAUGCGAGGCCCAGCACAGAGGCAUCGUCCCCAACUGCAAUAUAACUAGUACAUUCCUGUCUUGAGUCUGAAGAAGGGUCUCGACCCGAAACGUCACCCAUUUCCUUCGCUCCAUAGAUGCUGCCUCACCCGCUGAGUUUCUCCAGCACUUUUAUCUACCUUCGAUUUUUCCAGCAUCUGCAGUUCUUUCUUCAACAGUACAUUCCCUUUGGUCCGUUGUCCAAAUUACCUCAGCUGGUUUACUUAUUCCCAAAUUUUAGCCGUUUUCAGUUUAGUGAUUGGCGUGCUUGGACUUGUAACGGUUCCUAUCCAUCGUGCUCCCACCAUCCCGGGCUCCAACAUUCCCGACUGCACUGUGAGUGCGUCUUGACUACAAGCAAUUCAGGAAGGGGGAGCUCAUCACCUCCAUCCCAACGGCAACGUAUGUUAUGCCAGAGAUGUUCACAUUCGGCAAAAGAGGGGACGUAUAGAAUUGAUGUUUUAAACCUUCACAUCUAUUCCCUGGUGACAUGGAAACCGGAGGUGAUGCAGGGAUUGGAGUAGCCGGGGAACUGGUGGGAAUCGGCAUGUUAUUGGGAGUUUAAAAUUACCAUAUCUAAAAUAAGCCUAAUAAUUGAAAUAUAAACAGACAUUCAGACCGAACAGUGGCUUUGCUUUGCCAGGUGCCUAGCUGUCAACGUAUGGGCGAGGUUAGAUGUGUUGGUGUAUGAUAUAUGGGGAGGGGACACAGUCCGUUAACCAGUCUUAUUGCCUGUGGGAAGAAGCUGUGUAGCAUCCUGCUGGUUUUGCAGCUGAUGCUCCUGUACCUCUUCCCAGAUGGCAGAAUGGAGAAGAUGUGGUGUGAUGGAUGAUAGGGGUCCUUGAUAAUGGAGAUGGCUCUGCUGAUGCUCCGCUUCUGAUAGAUCUCCAACAGGAAAGGCAGUGGGGCACCAAUGAUCCUGCUGGCUGCCUUCACUAUCCUGUGUACAGCAUGGAAACAGAUUCCUCAGCCCAUAGAUCCAUGCCAUCCAUCAGAUUUAUAAAGUCGCACAGCACAGAAGUGGACCCUUCAGCCCACCAAACCCCUGCUGAACACCAACAGUGUGUUUAUACUCAUCCUGCACUAGCCCGUUAUAUCAUUUCCACAUUCAGCUCGAUUUCUCCCCAGAUUAUACCACUCACCUACAACUCUACAACAAUUUUGCAGCAGCCACUUAACCUGCCAACCCGCACGGUUUUUGGGGAUGUGGGAUCCGGGGGUGGGGGGAGUCACAUCGGUUACCAGAAGAACCCGCAAACUCCACAUAGAAAGCAGCCAAAGUCAGGAAUGAAGCCAAGUCAUUGGAACUGUGAGGUAGCAGCUCUACCUGCUGUGCCAGUGUGCUGCCCCUACGCUGAGGAAGAUGCUUAAAGGCACGACGAUGUGAGAGGACAAACUAUAAGGCUCACGUUUUGAGUUCAGCUGCUCUGUUGUGAAGGGAUAGUAUUUAUGUAUUUUUAAUUUAAUAGAAAACUGAGAAACUGUUGUUUUGUGAUCCAGUUAAUGAACCUUCUUUGUUUAGAAGUGUUUCUACCUCGUUUGAAGAUGUAUAAAUCUAGAAACUCAAAAAUAAAAGCGGAUCUUGAGAAGUUCUUGAGG